AUGUCGAAAGCGUUCGCAGGUCUCAAAGCGGUGCACGAGUUGCGGUUCCACUUAUGCCAAACGUCCAAACACUCGGAAGGGGCGAGAAAUUUCCUCCUAAAAUCGUACGAAAAGUUAAAAGCGGCGAGUCCGACCACGCCGGUGUUGAUCAGAGAAGCGCACGGGGUGGAACCGAAACUGUUCGCGAGAUACGAUUUCGGAGAGGAAAAGAGCGUGGCUUUAAACGAUAUGAGCGAGAAAGAUAUCGAGAAAGCCGUCAAUUCAUUGUUAAAAUAA